AGACGCGCAGUGUCCCUGUGCGUUUAGAGGAGGUAUCAGCUGAAGGAAGAAGAGACAGCAGACCAACAUUACAGGCGACCAUUCCUUCACUGUUGGUGUCCUUUCUCAGCAAGCCACCUGCAGAAAGAAAAGAAAACGGUCAUUUGCUGCACAUUUGAAGUGUUUCUCCCCAGGGCUGAAGCUUUCCAAUAUGUGUCGGAUCUAACAUCUCCGGAGAAAUCGAGGAAUAUCAGACUCCCACGGUGGAUGUGGACACCUAAACUGUGGACAUGGAAAAGAUAGUGAAUUUAUCCCUUUCUGUUCUGCUGGUUUUAUGGGGAUGCGCGCUUGGAGGCUCGCCCAGUGUUCAAAUUGGGGGACUCUUUCCAAGGGGCGCGGAUCAAGAGUACAGCGCAUUUCGGAUAGGAAUGGUUCAGUUUGGCACGUCGGAAUUCAGAUUGACGCCCCACAUUGACAAUCUGGAAGUGGCGAACAGUUUUGCUGUGACCAACUGCUUCUGUUCACAGUUCUCAAGAGGUGUGUACGCCAUCUUCGGAUUCUACGACAAGAAGUCUGUCAAUACCAUCUCGUCAUUUUGUGGGACGCUCCAUGUAUCCUUCAUUACGCCCAGCUUCCCUCUGGAUGGGAAUCAGCAGUUCAUCAUCCAGAUGAGACCCGAUAUCAAAGGGCCCCUCCUCAGCCUUAUUGAGUACUACAAGUGGGACAAGUUUGCCUACCUGUACGACAGCGAUCGAGGACUCACCACGCUGCAGGUUGUUCUGGACACAGCGGCAGAGAGGAAGUGGCAGGUGACAGCGAUCAACGUGGGGAACCUGAAAGACGAGAGGAAGGACGAGGCCUACCGCUCUCUGUUUCAAGAUUUGGAGAACAAAAAGGAGAGGAGGAUGAUCCUGGACUGUGAACAAGACAAAGUCAAAGACAUCAUGGAACAGAUCAUCACAAUUGGCAGACAUGUUAAAGGUUACCACUACAUCAUAGCCAAUCUGGGUUUCAUCGAUGGGGACCUUACCAAAAUCCAGUACGGCGGUGCCAACAUGUCGGGCUUUCAGAUUGUUGAUUUCGAGGAUCCUUUGGUGUCCAAGUUUGACCAGAGAUGGGAAGCCCUAGAAGAAAAGGAGUAUCCUGGUGCCGACAGUAAAAUAAGGUACACAUCAGCGUUGACCUAUGACGCCGUGCAGGUGAUGACAGAGGCCUUCCGCUACCUGCACAAGCAACGCAUCGACUUCACCAGGAGGGCCAACACUGGUGACUGCCUGGCCAACCCCGCUGUUCCCUGGGCUCAGGGAGUGGAGAUAGAGCGAGCACUAAAACAGGUGCGUGUUGAAGGCCUGACAGGAAACAUCCAGUUUGAUCAACAUGGCAAGCGAGUCAACUACUCAGUGAACAUAAUGGAAUUAAAGACUAACGGCCCUGUAAAGAUUGGAUACUGGAAUGAAGUCGACAAAAUGGCCGUCACCAAAUCUGAUGUCUUUGCAAAUGAUUCGACAGGAAUGGAAAACAAAACAGUGAUUGUCACCACAAUCUUGGAAGCUCCAUAUGUAAUGCUGAAAAAGAACGCUGACCUUUUUACGGACAAUGAGCGCUACGAGGGUUACUGUGUAGAUCUGGCUGCGGAGAUAGCGAAGCACUGCGGCUUCAAAUAUCAACUGAAAAUAGUGUCGGAUGGAAAAUACGGAGCCAGAGAUGCAGAGACCAAAAUCUGGAACGGGAUGGUUGGAGAGUUGGUGUACGGGAAAGCUGACAUCGCAGUGGCUCCUCUGACAAUCACUUUGGUACGAGAGGAAGUGAUUGACUUCUCCAAACCCUUCAUGUCUCUGGGAAUCUCCAUCAUGAUAAAGAAGCCUCAGAAAUCCAAACCAGGAGUCUUCUCUUUCCUGGAUCCGCUGGCCUACGAGAUCUGGAUGUGUAUCGUGUUUGCCUACAUCGGAGUCAGCGUGGUGCUGUUCCUCGUCAGCCGCUUCAGCCCGUACGAGUGGCACACUGAGGAGUAUGAGGACGGACAGAUCCAGACCAAUGAGUCGACGAAUGAGUUUGGCAUAUUCAACAGCCUGUGGUUCUCCCUUGGAGCCUUCAUGCGCCAAGGCUGUGACAUCUCACCUAGAUCUCUGUCUGGCCGCAUUGUUGGAGGCGUUUGGUGGUUCUUCACUUUAAUCAUCAUCUCCUCCUACACCGCCAACCUGGCUGCUUUCCUGACUGUCGAGAGGAUGGUGUCCCCCAUUGAAAGUGCAGAGGACCUGGCGAAACAGACUGAGAUAGCCUAUGGGACUCUGGACUCUGGCUCUACCAAAGAGUUUUUUAGGCGCUCAAAAAUUGCCCUCUUUGACAAAAUGUGGACAUACAUGCGCAGUGCGGAGCCCUCUGUGUUUGUGAAAACCACAGCCGAGGGGGUUCUAAGGGUCCGCAAGUCCAAGGGGAAGUACGCCUACCUGCUGGAGUCGACCAUGAACGAGUACAUCGAGCAGCGAAAACCCUGCGACACCAUGAAGGUCGGAGGAAACCUCGACUCCAAAGGAUACGGGAUCGCCACGCCGAAAGGAUCCUCAUUAAGAACGCCAGUAAACCUUGCGGUAUUGAAACUCAGUGAGCAAGGAGUCUUAGACAAGCUGAAAAACAAAUGGUGGUACGAUAAGGGUGAAUGUGGAGCCAAGGACUCUGGAAGUAAGGAGAAGACCAGCGCUCUCAGCCUGAGCAACGUGGCUGGGGUCUUCUACAUUCUGGUCGGAGGACUCGGUUUGGCCAUGCUGGUGGCCUUGAUUGAGUUCUGUUACAAGUCCCGAGCCGAGGCCAAGCGAAUGAAGGUGGCAAAGAAUGCACAGAAUAUUAACCCACCUUCCUCGCAGAAUUCACAGAAUUUUGCAACUUAUAAGGAAGGUUACAACGUAUAUGGGAUCGAAAGUGUAAAAAUUUAGGGGAUGACCUUUGGGGACGCCAUGAGGAACAAAGCAAGACUUUCCGUCACUGGGAGUACCGGGGAGAAUGGUCGAGUGAUGACUCCAGAGUUUCCUAAAGCUGUCCACGCUGUCCCGUACGCGAGACCUGACAUGGGACUAAACGUCAGCCUGACAGAUCUGUCCUGAUCAAUGAGAAACUUCUGAGUGCCUUAAAAUGGUUUCAAUAGAGCGAUUUUUCUUUCAUGUUCCGUCCUGCCCUCCCUCCUUCUGUUCUGCGGCUUUUUCUGUCUGUCUGGUGAAAACGGAAAAGAUGGAGGCUUCAUUUUGUGGCUCACAAAGACUUGUAUUGUUGCUCUCUGUCUCUAUUUCUCACCUCAUAAAACCCCUCUUGCUCUCUGGAUGGAAUAACAUCUCGGACUAUAAAAGGGAGGCUCUUUUUUUCUAAACUGAAGACACCACGCUUUCCUAUCUGACUGUCUGGACUGGACUGAAACGGAGACGAGGGCUUUGAUUGACGGCGACGGCUGCUUCUGGGAGUCCGAGUUUCAGUCAUCUCAACUGUGUGUGUGUGUGUGUGUGUGUGUGUGUGUGUGUGUGUGUGUGUGUGUGUGUGUGUGUGUGUGUGUGUGUGUGUGUGUGUGUGUGUGUGUGUGUGUGUGUGUGUGUGUGUGUGUGUGUGUGUGUGUGUGUGUGCGCGUGCGCGCGCGCGCGCCUCUCUGUCUGUCUCUGUCUGUCUCUGUCUGUCUCUGUCUGUCUCUGUCUGUCUCUGUCUGUCUCUGUCUGUCUCUGUCUGUGUGUCUGUGUAGAACUUGAGGGUGUGUGUGUCCGGGGAAGAUUUGUCAAAAUCACACUGUUUCUGUAGCCACCACCGCCGAACAGGAUUUUCAAGCACACUUGAUAUCAUCUGCAUUAAGAUGUGAAAAUGUCUUUUUUUUCUAAGAAAAUCUAAAAAAAAAAUGUUUAUUGAAAAAAAGUAUUUUUAUGUAUUUUCACAAAACAGCUUUUAAAUAAACUUGCUUACAUACUGGUUGGAUAUAAACAUCUUAAUGUGUGAGUAUUCAAAAGGAAAAAAAUACUAAACAGCUUCUAGUUCCAUAUUUUUAAAGCCAAAUACAUUGCAUAUGGGGCUGAGAUGUUGAAAUCAUGUAAUUAAUUCUUAUUCUAAACUUUUCCUGUAUAUUUUAUUCUUUAACAUUUGGUGUUGAUAUGAAAUAUAUGUCAAUGCUUAACAUUUGGACUCAAUCCUUCUAUGUUUUACUUGUUAGAGUUGGUACAGCGAUUUUGCCUUAUACUUUUGUCUUUCCGUUUCUGCUUCCGCGCUUUUGUUGUUUGUAUUUUUUCUGCCGAGAACCAGGGUUGUUCUACUUUGAAAAAGGAAAUUGAACUGUUUACAUGCCAUCAAUGCAAAAUAAAAAAAAAACAGUACAAUAUUAUCGCAUCACAUUUUAAAGUGACAUCAAAAAGAGGCAUCGACGUCUACAAGGUGGUUUUAAAUGCCAAAUAAGUGACAGUGCCAAAAUCUAGUGCCAGUAGAUAUGAAUAUAGUCUUAAUAUAGUCAAUCACUGUCCUCUCAGUGAAUGUAAAUUAUACAUUCUGUAAUUUUUGUAACUAGAUGUACAGUUGGUGGCAAUGACAGUGCUAAUACAAUAGCCUUUACGCUUUGUUUUCCAGUCUCCAUGUAUUUUGCAUUGAUCUGACAAUAAAGUAGCACCAGUUGCAUGUUGUUGCAGAAAAUAUUACAUACGUUUAUUUCAUUACUGCCAAACAUGCGUUUUCAUUUUAAUGUUGAAGUUGUGAGGUUAACUGUUUGAAAUUGGAAAUAUAAUGUUAGACAUAUAUACAAUAUAUACAUAUAUACAUAUAUUUUAUACAAAAAGUUUGAAUAUGAAAAAUCAUAGCCCCUUUUCAUCAUGGCGUCAAAGCUACUCUGCUUCCUUUAAAUACUAAAUUUGGUUACUUAUUAAAAAAAACUGUUUUUUUUAGCUAUUUAGUCCAACAUAAGUUAUUUAGAAAACUUAUGCAGACGAGCACUUUUAAUUAUAAGACACACUUUAGUUGUUUUGUUUUUUUAAAUUGACGUAUGAUGUGUCCUCAACUGCAACACAGAGGAAGGUAAACUGUAUUAAUAUUAUCACUGUUGUUUUUUUUUUUAUAUGAACAAUAUAAACAUGUAGUUGCUUAUCAAAUUUCAUCGCAUAUUCAGGCUAUUCUCACUGACAUUUUGUAUAUGGAAUGUGUGCUAACUUGUUUAUUUUUUGGGACUCUUUCUAAAUAAAAGUGGCUGAUCUCUUGUUA